AUGAAGCAUUUUCUAGCUCCACUGUGUCUGCUGGGAUCUCUUAUAUAUGGCUUGACUCAAUGCACUGCCCCCACAUCAGAGUUUCAGCUGAAAGGAGAUUAUUUAAUAGGUGGAAUCUUUGAUAUUCAUUAUAGCAGUACCAGUUUUUAUCAGGACAGACCAGAAGCCAUCGACUGCUCCAGCCAAACCUUCAUCUUGUCAAGUUAUCGGAGGUUUCAGCUGAUGAGAUUCACUGUAGACCAGAUCAAUAACUCCACCAGCCUACUGCCAAAUGUGUCUCUUGGUUAUGAAAUAUUUGAUCACUGCUCAGAUACACAUAAUUUCCCGGGAAUUUUGAAACUCAUCUCAGUCAAUGACUUGAUUCAACCUUGGGGUGAAAAUCACAAAAGUCUCUCCCAAGAAGUGAUAGCAGUGGUCGGCCCUUUCUCAAGCACCGACACCCUCACUGUAGCUCCAUUCUUCAUGAUGAAUCUCUUUCCUGUGGUCAGUUAUGGAGCUGCUAGCUCUGCUUUUUCAAAGAAAGCUAAAUUUCCGUCUUUUCUGCGGACAGUGAAUUCCAACAAAAAAAUCAUAGAAGUGAUUGUCAACAUCAUACAGUACUUCAAAUGGCGCUGGGUUGCUUUCCUGAACAGUGACAAUGAUUUUGGAAUUGACGGACUGGAUUUGUUCAUGAAGAGGAUUGUGGAUACUGAGAUCUGCCUGGCGUAUAACAAAGGCCUGAAUGGCAAGACAAAUUACCCGCAGAUUUUCCAACAGAUCGAGUCACAGGGGAUACAGGUUGUUAUUGUUUUUGUUACAAAGCUGACCGCUGAAGCUCUCAUUGAGUCGGCGAUGCAAAUGAAUGUCACAAACAAGGUGUGGAUAGCAGGAGACACCUGGUCCUUAAAUGAGAGACUCCCCAAGAUGAAAGAAAUCAAAAAUAUUGGAACUGUUAUUGGGGUGUCUCAGCCAGUGGUACCAAUACCUGGUUUCAAUGAUUUUAUCUAUUCUAUCAAAAGCCAGCCACACUGUGAAAACAAAGAACAAAGCAUGCUUUGUAACCAGGUUUGCAACUGCAGCAGCCUGAGUCCGGAGGAUGUGGUCUCCAUUGACCCGUCGUUUUCCUUUCCUGUUUAUUCUGCUGUUUAUGCCAUUGCUCAUGCCUUACACAAGGUCUUGAAAUGUGGAGUUGUUCAGUGCAACAGCAAUAUUACAGUGUACCCACAUAUGGUUCUAGCAGAGCUGAAGAAGUCAAACUUUACCCUUUUAAACAGGAAUAUUGAGUUUGAUGAGUUUGGUGACCCUACAUCUGGAUCCUACGAUAUAGUUUACUGGAAUCAAAGUGGUGAUGUGCAGGAGAUCGGCUUUUAUAAAUUUCAUCCAUCGGUCAAUUUCUUUAUCAAUAGCUCCAAAAUUCAGUGGUACACAAAUGGAGAAGUGCCUACUUCAGUGUGUUCCCCAGAAUGUUCUGCAGGAUACGUGAGAAAACAAGAUGGAAUCCACAAAUGCUGCUUCAGUUGUAGAAUCUGUCGAAACGGAACUUUUGUUAACAGUACAGAGGAUCCCUACAACUGCAUCAGCUGCAAGGACACAGAAUGGUCUGCAGAGGGAAGCACAUCCUGCAAUCUGCGGCUGGUGGAGUUCAUACCGUUUACAGACAGCUCGGCCAUAGUGAUCAUGCUCGGUGCUGUGGCCUUAGAGGGCCUCACAUUAGUUGUGUCUGUUCUCUUUGCCGUCAACUACAACACACCUGUUGUCAGAUCUGCUGGAGGACCGAUGUGCUUCCUGAUCUUAGGCUGCCUCAGUCUGUGCAGCAUCAGUGUUUUCUUUUACUUUGGGAAGCCGUCAGUUCCUUCUUGUGUCUUAAGGUUCUUGCCAUUUUUCUUGUUCUACGCUGUUUGUCUGGCAAAAGACCUGCCGAAAAACUACAACGAGGCCAAAGCCAUAACCUUCUGCCUCCUGCUGCUGAUCCUCACAUGGAUCCUCUUUGCCACUGAAUACAUGCUCUAUCGUGGCAAGUACAUCCACACAUUCAACGCCCUGGCUGUACUCUCCAGUCUCUACUCCUUUCUGUUGUGGUAUUUCCUCCCCAAAUGCUACAUCAUUAUCCUUCAGCCCCAUAAAAAUACGCCGCAGUACUUCCAAGGUCUCAUUCAGAAUUACACCAAAACUAUUAGUCAGUAG